GAACAGCAAGUAAAUAUGUCUGAAAAGGAAACAGAGCCAAUAGACGACGAAACGAGGGUAGAAACAGUAAUAGUUAAGAAUGAGUUAGACUGUACUGAAGAAAAAGGUCAGGAAAAAUUUAAAGAUAUUGCUGUAGAAAAGGGGAGGGGGGGAAAAUCAUCAGAUAUGGAGGUGAAGAUGGAGAUAGUGUGUGUAAAGGAGGAACCACACUGGGACGGAGAAAGCGAGGCGGCUGAACAAGCGGGCUUGGACAGCGACCUCAACGUUGAAGAGGACGGUGUGCUUGGAACAGGAUCUGUGCAGGAACCUGGAGCAGCAUUUGUGAAUGUUGCACUCGAAGAAAACACAUGCAAAAAAGAGGCAGUUGAAGAAUUCAUUGUGCCAGAUCAAUUAGGGUGCUCCACUUGGGGCUCCACAGAUAACAGCAUGUUACUACAGAUAACCAGACUCUCUACUUCCAUGCACGAAGGAACUCUUUUCAGAAGGAGGUUCAAGGAAAGAAAGAAAAAAGGAAAAGUUAACACUGAUCUCGAAGAGACUGGAAAAUAUCAAUGUGAUCUAUGCAACAAGAAGUUUACAGUAAAAAAGUAUUUGAUUGGACAUCUUAACUAUCACAAGUAUAAAAAACCGUUUCAUUGCGGUAUUUGUAACAAAACGUUUUCGUGUGAGACUUACGCGUCUGCGCACGAGAGGAUUCACACUGGCGAGAAACCAUACAGUUGCAAACUCUGCAAUAAAGCGUUCAGGUGCUCUAGCCAUCUGAUUAAGCAUGAAAGAACUCACACAGAAGACAAGCCGUUCUCAUGUGAAAUUUGUAAGAAGCAAUUUAGAGAAAAAACCCAACUGAAGCUGCAUGAGCUUUUACACAAAGGGGAAGAGGCGAAACAGUAUUCGUGCAAGUUUUGUCCAAAGAAGUUCAUACACAUGUAUAAGCUGACGAUUCACGAGCGAAACCACACUGGGGUUAGACCGUUUGAAUGUAAAACGUGCGGGCAGAGCUUUGUCCAAAAGUUCCAACUAGACAGUCAUAACAGAUUACACACCGGUGACAAGCCGCGUAUAUGCGAAAUUUGCGGCAAGCAUUUUAUAACAAAGGCGGACUUAGUGAGACACGAGCGCAUACACACUGGAACCAAGCCGUACAGCUGCGAUUUAUGCCAGCGGCAGUUCUCCCAAAAAGCGCAUUUAAACUCUCACAUGUUAGUUCACAGUGGGGAUAAACCCUACUCGUGCGAAACAUGCUCAAAGAAGUUCAGCUGCAAACCCUCAUUGGUUAUUCACUCCCGAGUGCACACGAACGAGAGACCGUACGCUUGCAGGGUAUGCGGGAGGCAAUUCAAACAGGGUGGCGUCAGGAGGAGGCACGAAGCGACUCACACGCGAGACAAAACCAUUGUCUGUGAAGUAUGUAACGAACAUUUCGCCCUCAAAAGGGAGCUGAAGAAACACCAAAGAGUGCACUUGGUGUACACUUGUGAUAUAUGCAAUAAGGAGUUUAGGGAUAAAUUCAAUUUUAAUAGACAUGUGCAGACGCAUAGUGAACAAGCGGAGGAAAACGAGGAAAACUAAUGGUGAUAUUUAAUCUUCCAAGCAGGGAUGUUGCGGAUGCCGAUUUUUUUACCAUCCGCGGAUGCGGAUGCGGAUUUUUAAAGGCUCACAUCCGCGGAUGCAGAUGUCGAGAUUAGGCACAUAAAAAACGUCAAAUUAAUUUUUAUUAAUUUAACACUAUUAAUUUUUAUUUAAAAAAAACGAGACUUUUAGUCUUUGAACAAGAAUAUAGGUGCCCCACAAUCGCAUUACCAUACUAAAGUCCAAAUAAAACAAACUUCACUUCUUGUCGCUGUCCGUCAUAGGCUGUGCUCGAUCGACGAAUCAGAAAAACGAAACGAGAUUCCUAUUGGCUAAUGACGAAAUUACCUAGCACUUACGCCGCCGCUAAGACGUUCCUGUACCUACCUGUUCCACAUCCGCAUCCGCAUUAAGCUCCGCAUCGAUUUUAUGCGGAUGCGGAUGUUGAAAAUAAUGCGGAAGUUCCGCGGUUGCGGAUGCGGAUGCGAAUAUUCGCAACAUCCCUGCUUCCAAGUCCCAGAGUCCUUUUAAAAGGACAUCGGGACUUAGGUUUACUUGGGAAAUACAGGGAUACUUUGCACACUACUGUUAUCCAGAAUUAGGAGUAAACUGACAGCAGUUUUUUUUUAAUGUAAAAAUAUUAUUCAAGAAUGUAGCUAACAUAUGUAGUGCAUUAUUGUUUUCCAUCGUGUUUUCUCGGACACGUUCGUAUUUGUCAUGCUACUUCAGUUAAGCUCAGUACUUUUUGUACCGAGACUGACUGAGAUAGCAAGGCACGCGCGUACGUUUCCGUGAAAACUAAGGAAAAUAAUUAUGCACUACAUCUGUACAUUAAAAUAGCAUCGUAAAGUAAAACAUUCAUGAACUUGGCCCGCUUUCUUGAGGGCAAAAACUUGCUAGUGCUAAUGAUUAAAUAAAUAUCGACAAGUGUUAGUUUAUUAAUGUGACCAUAGAGUAACUUAUACUAGAGCGGUACUGUCAUAGUAAAUUUUGUAACCCCAGUAAAUUCACUGCCAUCUGUCGACACACUUUAAAACUAAAAAUGAAGAUUUAUAAAAAUACGAUAAAAUGUAUUUAAAUAUGGAUAAAUGAUUUUUUUUAUUUGCAUUAUUUUUAUGAUUUUGAGCCAUGUUCUUUCACUGAUAUACGUUAAAAUUAUAAAUAACAAACGAAACCGUCAACGCCCUCUAUACGAGUGUAGGCCAAAACUAGUGGCGCCCUCUGAUCGAGAAUCAAAUUUUCGUGAUUUUCGAGGUACGUUUUUUCCUUAGACUGUAUCCAUCUAUUACGGAGUUAUAUCUAUCUUUGAUGUGACACAGUCUUUUACUCGCUUUUGUGAAGUAUAAUUUUUCACAAUUCAGCCGCGUAUUCGCUUCUAACGACAAUCCCAAAAUAACUAGUAAAUAAAGUCGCGAUCAAAAUUUUAAACUAAUUACAAUGUACUGUCCGCGCGCGAAUUCCGUGCACGGCUGAGGAAUGUUAGGAAUUCUGGGCGUCGUGACGGUGGUGUCAUUUUGUACGUACGGGCGCGGCGCACCCCCCCCCACUUCCCCGACCUCCGAAUGCACGGAAUUGGCGCGCGGACAGUAUAUUAGGUUUUUAUCAGUAUAAAACAAGCUUUCAAUCAUGGCUAAGUUUUUUGUAUUAAAAGCUUUGUGUUACAUUUUAUCAGUCAAAACCUUUGUGACAGAACUUAUGACCUGACUAAGUAUAAGGCCAAAAGUCGUUCUUAAAUACUAUAUAAAUUGAUCAACCGCUUUAGGUACAGUCAAGUGCAUAAAUAUAUAUACAUUCCCAAAGUUUCAAAAAUAUGUGUACGGUCUUACACCUUAGACAAUAAAGUCGUGUUCACAUAUUUUUGAGCCAUUUGUCUGGAUCGAUAUUUUUGCCUUCGACUGUACAUAGUAGCAUAGAGUAACUUAUACUAGAGCGGUACUGUCAUAGUAAAUUUUGUAACCACAGUAAAUUCACUACCAUCUGUCGACACACUUUAAAACUAAAAAUGAAGAUUUAUAAAAAUACGAUAAAAUGUAUUUAAAUAUGGAUAAAAUCAUUUUUUUUUAUUUGCAUUAAUUAAUUAUUGCAUUAAUUAUUUUUAUGAUUUUGACCCAUGUUCUUUCACUGAUAUGCGUUAAAAUUGUUAAAUAACAAACGAAACCGUCAACGCCAUCUAUACGACAGUUGGCCAAAGCUAGUAGCGCCCUCUGAACGAGAAUCAAAUUUUCUUGAUUUUCGAGGCACGUUUUUUCCUUCGACUGUAUCCAUCUAUUACGGAGUUAUAUCUAUCUUUGAUACUAGGAAUCUCGGUUAAGACUUAUUUGACAACCGCUUGAAGUACUACUAUUUAGUAGGAAUCUAGGUUUUUUUUUUUUUUCAUGUUAUCUAUUAUUCUUUUUUUGUCUUUCACUGAUGAAUUAUUGCCAAAAUGUUUUAUUUUGUUUUAUUUAUUAAGUACAGCCACAUCGUAUGUAUUACAUAUGUUGCAUUAAAUGUUGAUCGAAUCUAAGUAUU